GCCGAGCCGACUUGACUAAUUGGCCGGCGGUGGUGGGGGAAGCGGAGACCGAAAGCUCAGCAACAGAACCGAGCGACGCGAGCGCCAUCGUUGGCAACAGCGCGUCUGCAGCGAUCUCGUUGCUGGCCAGAGCAAACAUCGGGAAAGAAACGAGGGUUGCUUAUCCGCUCGACAGCCCCUUCCCGCCCGCGGAUCAGCGUAUCUCCGGACGCGCUACAGUGUCCCGGCGCGCCGCUCCGCGGCUCCACCUGGCAUUACGUUACAUCACUGGGCCGCAGCAGUACGGCACAGCUGAGCCGAGAGCUCCGGCGCGCCGCCUGCAGCCUGCUGUUGGCUUUUUUCCAGUCGCCUCUGCUCUCUGUCUCGCUCGCGCUCACACGGCUCUGCGCGGCCGUAUUCUCGGCGGCGCGGCGCAGUUGUAUCUCGGCGCGCGCCUCGCGCGUGGUGUCUGACAGGUGCCCCCGCGAGUUCGCUCGUUUUCCUUGCCGCUGUCCUGCGAGGCCGAGGCCGCUCUCUCGAUCCGAUAUGACCGAGGAUUAAACGUGGUUGGUGCGCUGUGCUAGUGUGCCGCUGCGAGCGAUGCAUCCGACCCGCUCGCCGGCUGUUUUCUUAUGCGUUAUCGCUCGCUGGAGAGUGCUGUGAGACACCACACGAGACUAUCGCACCGCAUAUAUAGUGAACUAAGGUUGCACCUUGCGUGAAGCUCCGGCAAGCACUGGCAGUUUUUGCACAAGGCACGUUCCAACUAGUUUACGCAAAAUACCGAGAACAAACAAAUAAACGGAAAUUCUACUUUUUUUGUUACUCUUCUGCUUGCAAUCAGUUCUUUUACAAACAGACUUACGUAAUGCGGGGUUCCUGCGCCGAAUCCUUAGUAACGUUCGACUCGAUAAGAUUGGAAAUGAGCAGUUCAUUAGAACAAGAUUACAAUGAAUUUAAAUUUUCGAGGGAAAAUCAGCUUGAGGAGACUGAUGUAGAGGACAAAUUGGAAAAUUUCAGUAAUUUGCUGGACACAAAGGAAUUGGAGAGCUGUGAAAUUUGCGAGCAAAAGUUUCAAACCAAAAAGGAUCUUCAAACGCAUGUGCUCAUUCACUUGGGCAAGCCUCGAGUAGUUCUCAAAAGGAUAGCCAAUGUGAAGACGCUGCCCAAAAAGGAGCAGCAAACUGAUAAUUAUUGGCUUGGUAGUGAACGACGAGGCAACCUGAAGAUCACACUUAAAAAGAAUUCGGGGUGUGACUCCUUGAAGCUCAAAUUAAAAAAGUCCCCUGAAUCAGAGAGCUUCACCGUCAUUAGCAAUAACUUUGAUUUGGACAUCCAACAAAGUCUUGAUAAGCACGACGAGCUGGCUGAAACACAGGAUAAUGAUACCAAAAGUGAUUCGGACAAGGAAGAAAACGCUGAACAAGAUUUUGAAAACGUGAUGCUGAAUCAAGAGAACAAUUACAGUGAUGAUAAUUUUGAGUCUGAGCCCAGUCACAAUCCUCUGGAAAGCUCAGAAAGGCCAUCAAUGGAUAAUAAUGAGGGGGACUCUGGGGUUGGCAGUGAUUUUGUCAAUCCACUAGACAAGGAUGAUCAAAAUGAUAACGAUUCACAGGCAGACAAUGCCAGUAAUCAGGAUCUUGCAGAUGUGCCUGAAAAUGAGGAUAACGAGGAGACUGAUGCUCUGGAAGCUUGUAGAGAAACAAUUGAGAAUUUGAAAAAACUUGGUGAACAAUCUAGGUACAUUAGUUCUAGAUCAUCAGACCUGCUAGAGCCAACCGAUGUAUCUGUUGAAGAAGAAGACAAGGAAGAGGAGAGAGAAGAGGAAGAAGAUGAUCCAAUGAAUGCAAUCGAAGAGCUUCGUAGCAAUCGAGAAAUAAGUAUAGUUCCAAAGGCAUCAUUGAUGCCUGACAGAUCUACAAAUAUGUCACCAGGCGAAGCAGAAACUGAAAUAGUGCCAAUAAAUUGGAAUAAAUGCACAGAGGAUUCGAGGAGUAGGAGUCGAGAAAGUAGUAAUGAGAGAGGAGAAAAAGAGUCGCCUGAAAGCUCGGAAAAUACCGGCAGCCUUCUACAGAACUUUCUCAUCGAGCAACAGCGUAAUCAAAACGAAUCAAAUAGCAAUGCUCAAUCAUUUGAAACUGAAUACGUGUCUCUCGAGAGGCUAGCAGAAACAGUCAAUACUUGCAGAGUGUGCAAUGAGAAAUUCAAAGAUAUUGCUCACUUGGAUGCGCAUAGAUCGAAGGCUGGUCACUAUCAGUGCAAUAUACCGGACUGUAGUUCUUUAGUGUUCAACACUUCUAUGGAACUAUCGGUACAUAAGACACAAGUCCAUGUAGCACCAAUUUCACCUAGACUCAGCAAUGCCUCUCCCCAUUUAUCUCAAACUCCACCACAUCCACACUCCCCACAUUUGAACAGAAUGUCCCCUCAUGUGAAUGCUCACUCACCACACUCACCCAAUAUACAAUCAGCCAUUCCAGCCAGAAAUUCCCCUAUAACGUCACCACACACUAACAGUCCAACUUAUGGUGUUCAACAACCUCCUGUGACCUAUCCACCAGUAAAUUUGGAACAAUUGCCAGCACCAGUGCAGCAACUUGCUCAACAGGUACAACGUAUGCCCCUGCCUCAACCACAGAUGCCUAGUGUUAUGCCAUCUGGUGCAAAUACUAUGAUUCCUGGACCAAAUUACUAUCCACAACCACCUGGUAGACCUCCUAUGUACAGGGUACAGACACCUAUGCAGUAUCCUCCUCAUUUGGCUCAUUUGUACCAACAAUACAAUGCACACUAUCAACAGUUGGGUAUGCAACAACAAAUGCAGCCACAGAUACCACAGCAGAUGACAAGAGGGAGAUAUCCAGCAAUGGUACCAGGGCAAAGGGCACCCAGAAUGCCUCAAUCUCCAAUUGCACCUCCCGUACCUCGUCAACGCAUGAAAAGGCCUUUACCAUCUCAACCAGUACAAAUGCAACAGUCUCAACCAACUACAGCUAAAAGGAGAAUGGAUGUUCUGAUACCUGAUCGUAAUGAGGAUGCAGACUGUCACGUUAUUGCUCAACAAAAGAGGAAUGAUGGCCUCCCAGUCAUCCAAAACGUUCAGGGUGGCACUUCAGUACAGUCAUCGAGUAGAAAUGAUUCUACUAUUCAUCUUACAGAUUCUAUUACUCUUAGUGUUAGGCAGCCUGGUCCUCAUCCAGCCCAAGUUAAUGCAAUGGUACAAAGUACCAAGAAGUCUGAUGCUUCUGCUGUAGCAAAUGUUUUGGCAGCUCGGGGUAUCACUGUGACACCCGCAACUAACAAAAAACUUCAAGAACCAAUCACUCAACAGCAACAACAGCAGUCUCAGCAGCAACAACAGCAGAAGCCGCAACCGUUGAACGUUUCGGCAUUGAAUUUAAAUUCAGCUAUAUCCAUCAUUCCUGCAUCAAGUGUACAAAGAAAGCAGCAAGAGCAACAAGGUCAGUUUGCUAUUCCUCAGAACAAACAGGCUAAACAGACAACAAACGAAGUUGAAAGACCACCUAGACCUCCUACUGUAGAUUUGACGCAAGAUGCACCUUCAUUACCUGUAGUUAGAAGAGGCAGACCUCCAAGAAUGUUACAGUCACUGACGUGCAAUGUAUGUGACAAACGUUUUCAAAGUCAAGAAAUGUUGAGUCAGCACAUGGCAACUCACAGGACAACCAACAAAUUACUACACAAGUGUAAUUUGUGUCCAGCGCAAUACCCAACGGCAACGGCCUUAGCAACGCACAAGAAAACCUAUCAUAAAGAAGUAGACGCGACACCGCAUCAUCCAGAUAACAUAGAACUCGCGCUACCGGUAGUCGAUUUAAAAUCGCAAAAUACCCUGAAUCGAUUGGCGAGUUUGGGUAUCCAAAGUUAUAUACCAUUGUCGCAGUUAAGUGCUCAGACGGGUGGAUAUUUCGGUUUGCCGAUAAUUACGGUGGACGGUGCACGAAAUUCCAAUACUUGUAAUCUAGGUGCGCUCGGUGCUACCUCCAUUCUCAGCCUCGGACCUCUUAAGCACUUGUCUAAUAGGUAAUAUGCCUGGCAUGAUCGACGAUACGAUUAAUUUCUUCUAAGAGAUGACGCUAUUUUUUAAACAGGAACGUUCUGUAGUCUUUGAAUGUUCGAAAAAUUUUUAAAGUUAUUUGCCAGUACAUAGCCUUGAUAGAUCAAACUACUUUAUUCAAAUGUUUCUUUACCGUGAAGAAGAAACGCUCAUAGUCACAUCUCGAAUGAAUUUAAACACUUAAGAUUAUAGACUGUUAUACUAAUGUAUAGUACAUUAAUGAGAGAUACGAUUUUAAAGAUAAGAUUUUAUUUACCUAACUGAUUAUGCGAUUUCAAAACUUGCGCUGAAAUUAAAUUAAUUCGUAUUAUAUUGAAAGCAACAAAGAUUAUAAUUAUAUUGCUAAUAGAAACUUUAGAAUUGUAGUAUUAAAGAUACACAUGGCUUAUUAUAUGUAUUACCAAGUACUUUCCGCUUCUAGGAAGUAAAGCUAUUAUACCUUUCUAAUGCAAUUUAUUGUGUAAGAAUCAAACAGUUGGACAAUAGUGUUAAGUAUUUCCAAAACAAAGCCAAAUCUAUUGAAUACAAAAAAUAUUUACAACCAUGACUUCAAUAAUUCGAUCAUUUUAAAAAAUCGAACUAAUUAGUUGCAAUUCAACUUGUAUCAUUUUUAUUUUACCUUGUUUCUAACCACAUAACAUUUAACGAUGUUCUCUUGUUUAGUGGUUGUCAAAGAGAGCACCGUUAAUCGAAAAAAGCGUUUCAUCAGUUCAAUUCACUCGCAUAUUGAAAGAUAUAGAUGUAUUAGAACAAAAAAAUUUUGAAAUACUUCUUUAAGCAAAAAGAUUCUGAUAGUCUUUUACACGAACCGAUAAUUAUUUUUGAUUGAUUAUUAGUUAUGAAGCAAUUGAUAUAUUAAAAAAUAUAGGUAUCGGUGCUUGUACGACAGAAAUUUAAAAAAGUGUGCUUAAACAUUGAUGCUUCAGAGUGACGCUGUUCCAUUAAAUCGCUUCUAUAAUUUUUUCUAAUCAAUAUUACAUUUAAAAUAAUCUAAUUUUCGAAAAUUUGUAGCAGAUUGUUGACGAUUCAAAUUACUCUUUUCAUAACUUUCGAAAUUGUAAUUUUUUAUAAUGAAUCAAAAAUAUUUAUCGGUUUACGGAAAACACUAUUAGUAAGUUUACUGAGCAAGAGAAUAUCCUUAAACAUUUGUUCUAAUUAGCAAUGUCAUUACAUAGUAACAUGAGCAGUAGGCAUAUUAAUAAAUCUACGCCACUACAAAUCAGUUAUAAUGUUUGUUGUAUACUAUUUAGUUAGUUUAAUGACUAACUAUUCAAAAGUUCUAUAGAUAUAUUUUUAUUAGUACUUACAUUGUCGGUUCCUAGAGAGCAUUGUUUAAAAAAGAAAUCUGUUUCAUCUAUGAGAAUUUCAUUCAUACUUUUCUAUUUUAUAAUAUUUAUUGCCAUGUUUAGUGUACAUAAAUAUAGUAAAACAAUUACUGAUAUUAGAAAUCUUAUGCUUGAUAUAUAGAACUGACUUGGAAGCAAAAAAAUUUGAGACUUUGUAAAUAUAUGUAUGAUAAGAAGCAACAAUAAGUAUGGAUAUUAACAGUGAAAGCAAAGAUGGCAGGUGCUUGAGCGAAAAAGUAAAGAAAGAAAGAAAAAAAAUCAUUGGAAAUUUUAUAAGAAAAACUCCAAUAAUUAAUUUUGUAUAAGAUAUAUAUCUGCUUAAAUUACUCGUAGAGAAUAUAUUCUUUUGAAUAGAUGCCAUAAUUAAGGAUUUGAACAAAAUUAAAUUGCUCCUAGUGCAACAUCGUACUUUCACUGUGAUAACAGGAUGCAAUGUAAUUGCAGUUACUAAUAGUUUUAACGUCGUUAUUUCAUACAGCGCAUAAAUGUAUACGAAGAUGAAAUAAAAAAUAGAAACGGCGAAAUUGUGUAAGUGUAUGUAUGUUCAUAUUAGUUUAUGAAAUUAAAUAUUUAAAAAGAUUUUUAUAUGACAGAGUGAUUGUUUAACUGACUUUUCAAAGAAGACUGUUAAGAGGCAGUAGAAAAAAAGCUUUACUUUCGGAAGUAUUUUAUGCUUCCUCGACAAAGUUGUAUUCUACGAAAACCAUUAAGCAGGCAGCAUCUGUACAUAUAUACAUAACAUAAAUCACAAAUAUAUAUUGAGAGGAAGAGAGCAAAUGAAAACGAGAGUGUAUGUGAUUUGCAAAUUGCUCUAAGGCUUGAGUGUGAUGGGAAUUGCAUAUCUGUAUUUUUAUAAAGAAAUAAAAAAAAGUGCUAUACAAAAAAAUAA